GUGGACAUAACAGCAAGUAGAGUUGUUCAUAUUCUCGAACGCAGGGUUAUCAUUUCGAAAUCGCAUUUAGGACGCUCGUAGCCAAGUUUCGGACUGCAAUUUUCGAACCUGCAGGCAAGCGAAAGUUCUGACGUACACUCACUCGAAAUGUGGAAAAUUUUGUUCGGCAUGUACGUGUUGCUCUCAGCACAUGAAGCCUUUUCUGUGAGGACUAGGAACCCGCAUCCUACGCAGGUAGUUUCGUUGAACAAAUGCGGAUGGCAUCAGGAGUUUACCAAUUUUUCUGUGGAGCCGUGUAGCCAAAAUGCAUGUGUACUAGUGCCUGGAGGUUAUUACAAAUUCAAUUUUGAUGCACACCUCGAAAACAGUAAUGUUGGGGAUCAAAUCGCCGUCUUUGGGUAUAUUGACGGCGCUUAUGAAUAUGACCAGUGGAGAAUGCAGCACUUCAACUUCAACUGUUCCUACAGCGAAGGUCGCUUUCCAUGCACCCUUGGCUCAAAUAAGAAUGUCAAAGGGUUUGCUCACGUGAAGAUUGACGACGGAUUUGUAAACGGCACAGUGAGGUUUCGGUUUGGAAUAUACAACAUCACCACCUGUGGCGACACUACCUUCCUCAUGAAAGAACGGAAAUUCAAACCUGGAACGUCAGUUUAGUGCUCCGAAAUUCUGUAAAAUAUGUUGUCAUUGUCCCUGAUAAUAAAACGCGCUUUAUUCAU